ACAUCGCCGGGGAUGUGCGGUGGAUGCAGACUUUGUGGUCCCGUGACAAAUUCAUUGGAACUUUCUAUGGUAAGGAAAGACCGAUGUUUCCUGCUUUUGUCGUGUGUCAGCGACGAGACUACAGCGAUCAGGUGGAGAACUUUCCCAACGUUCGGUCUGACGGGGACCGGAUGAGGAUGGCUGGAAUGACGGUUAAAUAACCCAAACGAAAACCACCCUCACCGGAGCCGCGAAAAUUAUUGAUGGCUGGCAUUGGCAGAAUCAAAAUACAGUAAGCAGCGGCCUAUUAUGGAACGUGGACAGUUGCGUAAUUGAAGCCUUCUCCUGCAGGACUCCGGACGUAUGUCUUUGCUCCUUUGAAUGCUGUCACAUGCCGAGAUGGAGGAGCGAUCCAGUCUGCCCAGCGUCAGUAUACCCUGCCACAAUGAGCAGAGGGAUAAGAAGAAGAGAUACACGGUUUACAAAGUGCUGGUGUCUGUUGGACAGCAUGAAUGGUUUGUCUUCAGGCGGUAUGCAGAGUUUGAUAAGCUCUACAACACAUUAAGGAAACAGUUUCCAUCUAUGAACUUAAAAAUCCCUGCGAAGAGGAUAUUUGGGGAUAAUUUUGACCCAGAGUUCAUCCAGCAAAGACGGGCAGGCUUGCAUGAGUUCAUCAAGCGGCUCGUUUCACAUCCUCAGCUCUGCAACCAUCCAGACGUGAAAUCUUUCCUGCAAAUGGAUAAACGACAGCAUUUAGCAGACGCCUCUGAGGAUGAAGAUGACAAAAACAGUUCUACCUCCAGGGACAUUAAUUUGGGACCCUCUGGAAACCCACAAGCGAAGCCAACAGAUUUUGACUUCUUAAAAGUUAUAGGAAAAGGGAGCUUUGGGAAGGUUUUCCUUGCAAAACGAAAGCACGAUGGAAAGUUUUAUGCAAUCAAGGUCUUACAGAAAAAGGUCAUUCUCAACCGAAAAGAGCAAAAGCACAUCAUGGCAGAGCGUAAUGUGCUGGUGAAGAAUGUUAAACACCCCUUCCUGGUUGGGCUUCAUUAUUCGUUUCAGACCACAGACAAGUUAUACUUUGUCUUGGAUUUCGUCAACGGUGGAGAACUUUUUUUCCAUCUUCAAAAAGAGCGGACUUUUCCAGAACCCAGAGCAAGAUUCUACAUUGCUGAAAUGGCAAGUGCUCUGGGGUACUUGCAUUCUCUCAAAAUUGUUUACAGGGACUUGAAGCCAGAAAAUAUUCUUCUUGACCAUGAGGGACACAUCGUCUUAACAGACUUUGGAUUAUGCAAAGAAGGUAUUUCUCAAACAGAUACCACAACUACAUUUUGUGGAACCCCAGAGUACUUGGCUCCGGAGGUCCUGAAGAAGCACCCUUAUGAUAAUACAGUGGACUGGUGGUGUCUGGGAUCAGUGCUGUACGAAAUGCUGUUUGGCCUGCCUCCAUUCUAUAGCAGAGACACGCAUGAGAUGUAUGACAACAUCCUCCAUAAACCGCUGGCGAUGCGUCCUGGUGCAUCCAGCACAGCCUGGUCUCUACUUCAGGGUCUGUUGGAGAAAGACGGCACACAAAGGCUGGGCUCCAAUGGUGACUUUAAUGAGAUCAAAGUACACAACUUCUUUUCUUCCAUUAACUGGGAUGAUCUUGUACAGAAAAAAAUUCCUCCUCCAUUCAUACCCAACGUGACCUCUUGCUGCGAUAUCUCAAACUUUGAUCCAGAAUUCACUGAGGAGAAUGUUCCCAAUUCCAUCUGCUGGACUCAAAGCCAUUCCGUUGUCAAUGCCAGUGUUAUGGAGGCUGAUGACGCCUUCUUGGGAUUCUCCUAUGCUCCACCUUCUGAUGACUCCUUCCUAUAAUACAUUCCCAAAAUUGAAUGGCCUCAACUGAUGCAUAAUUGGAUGUUUUUUUUUUUGUUUUUUUUUACUAAAAGGAGAAAGUUUGUAUGAAGUAAAAUUUGUUCUGUAGAACCAAAGUAAACAGCCGAGAACAAAAUGCACUUAAAACAAAGCUUGAUUAAAAGAAAGUCUAUAUUUUACAUAUUUGUAUUUAUAUGAAAAUGAUAUAAAACAGAUUAUAUUUUUAGCAUUAGCGACAGCUGCAUUCUAGCAAUGUUAAGCCGGGCCCUUUUAAAAUGAGCCUUAAAAAUGCCUUAAAUUUGCCCUUAAAAUAAAGCCUGCAAAAUUCAAACAGUUCACUGAACUUAAAAUAUUGCCAUUUUAUUAAUAAAAAAAAGUAAUUUGUAAAGGUAUGUACUGUAAAAAAAAUAACAAUAGCAACAAUAUGUGUGCCAUUUAUAUAAAAAGUUUGACUGUAUUAAAAAACCACUGUAGUUACAGCUGAAAACUUUUACUGUCUUUUUGUGUUUUCAUUUGCCUUUGAAUUUCUCAGAUUUCUUUUUCUGUUUGAAGAUUGCCCUUUUUUUUUCUUUUACCCAUUUAUCUGUUAAUAUAAAAAAAUUACAUGUUCACAGCAUCUGUGUUCUGAUAGCAGUUAGGACGAACUGUACUCCUGCUCCAUAACACAAAAGAAAAUAAACAAAUGAUCAAAGAAAAUAAA